CAUCGGUCUGCGCUCAAGCCGAAAGAAUAUGGCCACAUUUCAAUAUUCCCCUACGAUUGACGGCCUCCAGCGAUAUAAGCGGAUGACCGGCAAAGACAGAAUGAAUAAAGACUAAAAAAAAGGUCUUCCCAUGUGUGGUUCGUGGGUGGUUCGUUAGGUGGAAGGACUCGACCCGGUUAAAAUCGCCGUCACUCCGGGUAUAUUAUGCUAUCUAAGGCCCAGCCGCACCGUAGCUCCAAUAUACGGAUAUUAACAAUUAAAUGAAGUCAACCUUGUUCAUGGAACGACUAGGCUCUUCUUAUCUCUCGCGGAAGAGGGGUGUUAUGAUGAAUUGCCUUGGAAGACUUUCGUAUAAAUGUGGGUGAUGACGACGACGAUCAGGGCAUGUUUUAAGAACAGACAAACAGACGACAACGACAUCUCAACGACAUCUAAAUAUUUAAUUGUUUAGAAUUUAUCAUAGCAUAUCAGCUGGGUUUACUAUAUACUUCAAUCUUCGCUAAGAAAAAAGCAGUCCGCCAUGCACCGAGUUGGCAUUACCGCCUUAGCCCUCGCGGCUCUGGUCUCCGCAGCCCCCAUCUCCGAGCCGUCCAAGACCGUGGAUCAAAGGGAUUUCAUCGUACCCGACCCGAACACCUGGCUCCCGGGAUCGGGUAACCCGCCGCCGCCGUUCUUCACUUUCCUACCUCCCAUCACCGGUGGCUUAGAGCCGUCGACCAAGAAGCGUCAGGACACUGUCAUAGUCCUCCCGCCCAUCAGCGGCGGCCUCGAGCCCUCGGACAAGAAGAAGCGACAGGACACGAUCGGGAUCGGCGACGGCAGCAGCACAGAUCCCGUAAAGGCUCACAUCAAGGCCCUGGAGCUCGAGUACGAAGCUCUAAUCCACAACUUCGGCGCGCACCCGCCCAAGCCCAUCGCCAAGCGCAUCACUGCCAUCCAGGACGAGCUUCUGAGCAAGUACGGUAUCAAGAUCGUCCAGUCCCCCGAUGGCACCACCACCAUCUUCGUGCCCGGCAAGAAGCGGAGCAACGCCGUCCCCGUCGACGGCGACAGCUUUCCCGGGGGCCCCUUCUUCCCCUUCCCUGGCUUCCCCGGUCCCAUCACCCCCGACCCCGUGGUUCCAGGCGGCCCCAUCAAGGUCAGCGAUUAGACGGGAUGGUUAACCGCAGACAACUCUGCUAGCAACGCCGGAGAAGCGGAGGGAAAGGGGGUUCACUACCGAAUAGGGGCGGGUGGAGGUGGAGUUUCCUUGUACGAAAAGACACGUCGCACGCAAAAAAAAAAAGAAAGACCGAAGCGAAAGGGGCGCUGGCGAUAUCCGGGUUGCUAACUUUCCUUCUGACGCUCUCGGAUCAGAUCCACUUACACAGUGGAUCGUUACCGAUAGUUUAGCAGUUUUAUUAUUUUUAUUUUAUUUGCUCAUUAUUUCUACUGAAUGUUCCGGAUCUACUAUGUACCUGUGUAUUGAUGCUUAG